AUGACUGACAGCACUGUGAACCUGUAUGGCACAUGCCCUGUCAACGUUCCGCCUCUAGUUAGCAGUCAUUGGCGGUUGAAUAUCCAGCGCCAUCGCUUCCUAGGUCUCUGAUACAUUUCACGGAAAAUCUGCUUAACUCUAAUGGUAAUGUAUCGCUAGAUGUUUCAUUUUUGUAGUAGUUAUCUAGCUAGGUAUCUUGCUAAGAACAAAUUGACACUGAACUGUGCAAUGCCACCGAGCCAAAUGAAUCGAAUAUAUUGUUUUGCUAGCUAACUAGCUCUUUGUAGGGAGAGCUAGCUAGUUUGUUCGAAAUAGUCCGUUUGUUUGCAGUAGCUAUAGGUAGUAGCUAGCUAGCUAAUCUGCUGGCCAGUUUCCAGAUUUAACUGACUUUCAGUUUUGUUUCUGGAUUUAUUACGGGUCUAUAUACCCGCUCUCUACUUUGCAAGCUAACUAGGUGGCUAUAGUUGCAUUUGUUGACCACAUGUCAAUAGUCUGUCUGUAAAUUACCAUAAAUGACUAUUGCCAGCCAACUAAGUUGAUUCUCUGUAACCCCCAAAUAGGUUCCUAUUGCUAGCUAGCCCCAUGGCCCCUCCAAGGAAACGAGCAUUGCCUGCACCCCUACCAGACAGUUUGAUACUGACUGACACCGAGAAGAAGCAAUGGAGACUGGGCAGAAUGAUUGGUCAAGGAGGCUUUGGAUUGAUCUACCUAGGUAAGUAACCAGACUAGUAUGUCAAUCCAUCAAGGUAUCACUGAUUGUCAAAUAAACUUUGCCACACACACACACACAUAUCCCUCUGAGUGACAAGAGUGGUGAGGCAAAUGUUAUUUUACCAGGAAUCACUGAUUUGUGUUUUUGGUGCAAACGCAUUACCAACCGAGCAUAAACACUGGAGUACAUCUGAUUGAUGCCAAAUUACUGUCAUGUUUAUCAUGGUUUAUUUAUCUCUGUGUCCCUCAGUUUUCUUUUCUCUCUCCUCCCUCUUUUUUUCCAUCUCCUACCUUUCUCUCUCACUCGCCCUUCUUCCUCCCUUCAGCUUCGCAGGACGUGGCCAAGCCUGUUGGGGAGGACUCUCAUUUUGUGAUUAAAGUGGUGAGUACAGGAAUGGCUGUGUUGUGAGUCAGGGCAUUUCCAUCACUGUAUACGCAUUGCCAUUUGUUCAGAGAUAAACUCAAGAGGUGAUUGACAGUUUGACUUAACCACAAUAAUUUACUGUAAAGCUCUCUUGCUCUUUGACUUUGUCUUUCUCUCUUGCUUGCUCUCUGCUUACUGGAUUUGAUUGGAUAUGGGGAGGUAUAAUAAGGAACUGCUGGGUUAAUACACUUAUAAAUAAACCUAUAAUUUUACGGCAGUCACAUGCAAUAGUUCUCAGCAUUUCUAUUUCCUCUUAUUUGACCCUCUUAUUUAAUUGUGUCUGCAGGAGUACUAUGAGAAUGGGCCUCUGUUUUCUGAGCUCAAGUUCUAUCAGAGGGCAGCUAAACCUGAGAACAGUGAGUAUCAACAAAUUCAAUCAGUCAACAUCAUGAUGCAGCAGAAAUAUGGCCAAGAGUUCAUAGCCUAUAUCCCACAUAGGCUACAUACUGUAUGGUUACAACCAAACCUAUUUUAGGCUACGUCUUAAAUGAGUGGCCAGGCCCAGUGCAGCAGGAGUGUACUUGGCUGAUGAAGUGCCCAUAGACAUGAAGACUGCUGCCUGGUGUAAUUAAUAAGCCAAAGCAAACAUGCACCUCAGUGGCAGUUAGCCCCUUCCCUGCUUGUUUGAGCUCUAAUUCAUAGAGAGGGACCCAAUCACACAUAAUGAUGCCUGCUCCUCUGCUGGGCCCCUGACCACCUGCCAGUCUGGUUGAGAGCCAGCCACCACUCCAAGACAGGCCUCCUGUUCACUGUGUGCGUUUCUGUGUCUGUGAUUUAGAAGUGCACGAUUGUGUCUGGCUUAGACGUAUCCACCUUAUUUCCUCUGUCUUUAAGUGGUCAUAUGUGUUUUUGUGAACAGUUCAGACCGAGUCAACCUGAAUCCACAGUAAUUAAAACCACAUCAUGUCCUAAUUUGUUGCACCACUUUUAAGACCAAAGGCUCAGGUCCUCUAGGAUUGUAUCUUGGGCACUUGGCCAUAUUUGCUCAUCACCAGUUGUGCACCUGCUACUUUUCAGAUGGAAUACAACAAAAUAGCAUAAGGGUAAAUAAUGAGAGCAACAAGUAAUUCAUAAAGCAAUAACGCAAAUGAGCAAAUGUCUGUUUUUGCACUCUUUUUUUGGUCACAUUCACAUAUGUAGCAUAUGUUAUUGCGGGUGACGGGUGUAGCGAAAUGCUUGUGUUCCUAGCACCAACAGUGCAGUAGUGUCUAACAAUUCACAGCAAUACACAUAUCUAAAAGUAAAAUAAUGUAAUUAAGAAAUAUAUAAAUAUUAGGACGAGCAAUUUCGGAGUGGCAUUGACUAAAUACAGUAGAAAAGAAUACAGUAUAUACAUAUGAGAUAAGUAAAGGAAGUAUGUAAACAUUAUUAAAGUGGCCAGUGAUUCUAUGUCUAUAGGGCAACAGCCUCUUAAGGUGCAGUGUUGGGGUACUCGGCUAGUGAUGGCUAUUUAACAGUCUGAUGGCAUUGAGAUAGAAGCUGUUUUUCAGUCUCUCGGUCCCAGCUUUGAUGCACCUGUACUGACCUCUCCUUCUGGAUGAUAGCGGGGCGAACAGGCCAUGGCUCGGGUGGUUGAUGGCCUUGAUAAUCUUUUUGGCCUUCCUGUGACAUUGGGUGCUGUAAAUAUAGUAUGUAAGAUACCAUUUUUGGCCCUUGUAAUUCUGUCCUGUUGUUUCAGUGCAGAGCUGGAAGAGGAGCAAUAAGCUGGAUUUUCUGGGGAUCCCUGCAUACUGGGGAUCAGGACUGGCAGAAUACAACGGAACCAGGUACUACUGACAUGAAAUGGUGUAGUGAUGGUCAUGAUGAUGAAGAAGGCAUCGAUACUUAGUUAAUAAUCCCUCGCUUUGUGGUUGAGAAGUGUGUCAGAGAUGAUUUUACCCCUUAUCCUUGACCUUUGCCCUGUACUCAAUUAAGAACAAAUUCUUAUUUACAAUUCAGGUACAGGUUCAUGGUUAUGGACCGCCUGGGCAGUGAUCUGCAGAAGGUGUGUGAGAGAAACGGUGGCAGGCUGAAGAAACACACAGUGCUACAGCUAGGACGUGUCCUGGUGAGUCUCUCCCUCUGUUCAAAUCAACAUUUAUUUGUCACAUGUGCCGAAUACAACAGGUGUAGACCUUACCGUGAAAUGCUUACUUAUAAGACCUUAACCAACAAUGCAGUUUUAAGAAAAUAGAGUUAAGAAAAUAUUUACUAAAUAAACUAAAGUAAAUCAUAUAUAAAAAGUAACACAAUAAAAUAACUGUUAUCCUCUUCAUCAUCCGUGGCUGCAUAUCCCAAGAUAGAAUGUAAAGAUUUCACCUACUCUUUGUCUCCUGGUCCUCCUACAGCUGGAUGUGCUUGAGUAUAUCCAUGACAACGAGUAUGUCCAUGCAGACAUAAAGGCUGCCAACCUGAUGCUUGGUCACACAGACCCUGACAAGGUUAGCGCUAGCACUGUCUCAGAACAGUAGGCAUGUGUAUUCAGGGCAUUUCUUGUACGGUGUAUAAAACAUACGUAGAAGACCGUUACUAACUGUAUUAACAUUGAGCAAUGUGUAUGUUGCUUUUACUUGUAUGUGGGCUGACUUCUCUACACAUACUGUCUGUUUAUUUCCUGUAUUGCAGGUGUACCUGGCUGACUACGGCCUGUCCUACAGGUACAGCCCAGACGGAGUACACAAAGAGUACAAAGAGAACCCAAAGAAGGGACACAAUGGAACUGUAGAGUACACCAGCAUAGAUGCCCACAAUGGAGUCGGUAAAGUGGGAUUUCAUUGAUAUGAACACUCAUAGUUUCAGGUGCCAAAAAACAACAAUUGUGUAGUGAAAGGGCAAGGUUUCUGGGUAAACAUAUAAGAAUUGGUGGACAAUAGAGCUCACUUGUAUUGACUGUAUGUCCAAUGAUCUCGCAUGGAUGUAUCUUGCUGUGUAUACUUACUGCGUUACAGUAUCUUUCAGUUGGCAGUGUACUUGUUUAUCAAUGCAUAAUGCAUAAAGUUAACCACCGUUCGUUCCUUGCUAUAAAACCUCCCUCAGUAGAUAUCGGGAACACAUUAGCUGGCAAAUUGCGUACAUGGUCCUUUUUUAUUGGACAUUGAUUCUCCCGGCCCCGUAUUCCCCGACACAGACUCCAUAAAAAAAUCCCCUAAUUAGCUAAAGUCAUAACCUGCAUCGUGUAUUCAUCCCCCAUUAAUUAAAGCUUUGAUGUUUGGUUAGAGAGGGACUGGCCACUGAUAACCUCUGUUUGCUAAGGGCAGAGGACGGUGUCAGGGUUCGAUAUGCUGAACGAGUGUGGCUAAGACUCCCUAAUCGCCAUGCAACUGUUUCUAUCGAUGCUGUCCAUAUGAACGAAAACAGACAAGAUGCUCAGUCAGCGAUAUUGAUAAAGGGAAACGCGUUUAAUGUUUUAUAGCGCGAAGAGGGUGGUGUGGUAACAAUGCUGAACUUGUGGUUUUUUGUUCGGUUCUCUGAAUCAAGAGGUGUAUGUUGGGCCCGAUGUAUUGUAAUUCACAGUUGCAUACAAGCUAAAAUGUGGCAGGCGGAACAUGCUUCAACAUGUUCUGAGUCGUUGCUCUAUGGCUGUGUAUUUAAUUUAACAAGAGGUUCGGAUAGGAAUGCCAUUUAAAUCACAGGACUGGUUUAAACACAGGUCUGCUCUUUUACAGACCUACAUAGAAGUACACCACACUCUCAUCUAGUGCAAUUUGUUAUCAUGUCACAUAUACUGUAUCAUUCCAAGCCUUUGGUCUUCGCUUAACAGUAGAAGCAUUUUCGGAUGGACAUCAUGAAAAUGAUCGGAGAGGUUGAGAGUAGAAGGAGUUCAGGAGCAAAAAAACAAACAAAAACAAAACAGAAGCUGUUGUACAGGUGAAUCAUUCCUUUGCUUCUAUAGCCCAGGGGUCAUGCAUAUUCUACAAACCAAAGUAGGUAUAAGAUGAAGAUGUACACUCACUGGCCAGUUUAUUACAUGCACCCAUCUAGUACCGGGUUGGACCCCCUUUGCCUCCAGAACAGCCUGAAUUCUUCAGGGAAUUCUACAAGGUGUCGGAAACGUUCCACAGGGAUGUUGAUCCAUGCUGACACGAUGGCAUCAUGCAGUUGCUGCAGAUUGGAUGACGGUACAUUCAUGCUGCUAACAGCCUGUUCCAUCUCAUCCCAAAGAUGCUCUAUUGGGUUGAGGUCUGGAGACUGUGCAGGCCAUUCAAGUAAACUGAACUCGCUGUCAUGUUCCAGGCAACGUUUUCCACUCCUCAAUUGUCCGGUGUUGGUGAUUGUGUGCCAACUGGAGCUGCUUCUUCUUGUUUUUAGCUGAUUGGAGUGGAAUCCAGUGUGGUCGUCUGCUGCAAUAGCCCAUCCGUGACAAGGACCGAUGAGUUGUGCGUUCUGAGAUGCCAUUCUGCACAUCACUGUUGUACUGCGCCGUUAUUUGUCUGUUUGUGGCCCACCUGUUAACUUGCACGAUUCUUGCCAUUCUCCUUCGACCGCUCUCAUCAACGAGCUGUUUUCGCCCACAGGACUGCCGAUGACUGGAUGUUUGUUUGUCGCACCAUUCUUGGUAAACCCUAGAAACUGUUGUGCGUGAAAAGCCCAGGAGGGCGGCCGUUUCUGUGAUACUUGAUUCGGCGCACCUGGCACCGAAGAUCAUACCACGCUCAAAGGCGCUUGGGUCACUAGUUUCGCCCAUUCUAACGUUCAAUCGAACAGUAACUUAAUGCCUGUCUGCAUGCUUUAUAUAGCAAGCCAUGGCCAUGUGACUCACUGUCUGUAGGAGCGAUCUAUUUUUGUGAACGGGGUGGUGUACCUAAUAAACUGUCCGGUGAGUAUGCGCUUAUGCACUGACCUUCUAACCACUGAUAAUCAUCAGUCCUUUGAUAUAACUUCCGUUGGGCCUACAGUACUCUACUAUUGAAAAGAGUCAAUCAAGAGUACAAUCAGGUAAAGUUUCUGUUUUUGUCUACAGUUUAUAAACAAACCAGAAAUUAUAUUCUAGGUGGCUAAAUUUUAUAUGAUGGCUGGUCUUACUUGACCUCUACGGUGUAAGGCAGUUUGAGUUUCUUUGGUUCAAAUAGCAAUAGAGAUGCAUGCAGAUUUUGACGAGCAACAAGACUACUUUUUGCUCAAGAUCCCGCCCUCCAUCUCACCUCUCAUCACCCUGGCUGGGUAGAUGUUGACAGGUUGCCAUGAUGAGGGUGGAGAUAGAACAGAGUGAUGCAUCACUUAACUCUGAGCUAAUUAUCACCUAUUGGAGAUGGAUGCUUCGGAACACGGAGAUUCCGAAGGAGAGGUUUAAGAGUGAAAAUCUGAAUAACAAUAGUAGAUAACUACCCACAACAUCGUCACCUAACUCCUCUGUGACAAGCCUGGAGUGUGUGGGGGGCUCUGAGAUUCACCUUCUGAAGUAAGUGUGUGUGUGUGCGCAUAUGCAUGAAUGCUUUUGUCUGUGUAUCUAGUGUGUGUUUGCGCAUGUGAGAGAGCUGUGUGUGUCCUGCCCUCUCAUUAGGGAAAGAUGCAUAAAUACACAACCAAACAGCAAAGGAUAAGCUAUUGUGAACAGGGACAAUAUGGUCAAAGCACGCCACUGGUGCUUAACGUAGUUGUUGAUCUUUUUAAUUGUUAAUCUAUUCUGUGGCUGUGGAAGUUGGCGCAGUUUGAGUGCUGGUGUUACUUGUGUUUUUCAUCUUUAUUCCCUCUUAUCUGCCUCUCAGUAUCAAUAAGGCUUUAUGUAAUUGUUUACAACAAUGGCUUACUUAGAAGUGGCAGCAAUACAUUUACUGUAACGCUGACCUAUACACUUUAAGUACUUUACAACUUCCACCCUUGAGAGAAUUGAUUCAGUAAAUUAUUUAAACAAACGGCUUAAUCACAAAAAUGUUGAAGGCAACAACAGAGGCAGCAGCAGCAGUGGCAACCAACCAACAACAUCUAACUACAACUUACCAACCAACAACAACCACAAUCAACCAACCUCUAUCGUCCGUCUCAAGGCUAGCCAGUAGUGCUGUCCUGCUGGGUUCCGCUGCUGACGGCCACUGUGGCAGCAGCCUGUUUAAUUGGGAACACUGUCUGGGAUCAAUGCUAGCCAUGGCUCUUGCUUGAGAUUUCUCACUCUGACGAAGCCAGUCGAUGGGUAAUUUCUCCGGAGACGCACGGCCGUUACAGUAUUGAGCUGCUAAAACUCCUCGGGCUCGACCCCUCACAUGGACUCAAUCCAGACGUAUUGAUGAACUCACCACAGUUUUUCAUAAAGACACUGGCUCAGUGCAGGGUUUGUUCACUUCCUUGUAUUAAAACUAGAUGGAAGGCAUUGUUUACAACGAUGCAAGUCUACAGGUUAAUGUCUAGUCUAGCCAUCAUCAGUAUUUAGUAUUUAGGUAUCUCCCCAGUGUACAGCACCCUGUCGACUUCUGUAACAUGUGGUAUUGAUUUGGGUGUAGACAUCUCUGUGUGUGUGUUUUACUGCCUGAGAGAGGGAGUGUUUGAGAGCGCGAUCGAGUGUAUAAGUGUGUGUGUUUAGGCCGUGCAGCGGGCGUCUGAAUCAUGACAGAGGCCACAAGGAUCCAGUUUCCUGGAACAGGAAAGCCCUGUCUGUCUGCAGAGGAUGGGAAAAGUUGAAAGACUAACACCAGCUGAGAAAACAAAACAGGCCUACACUCCCUCCAUAAUCGUCAUCCUCUUUACUCUCUCUCUGCAUACUGUUUUAUAUCUGAACACAGCCCCUCAAUCGAAGCUGUUUUUAUCCUGCCAGACCAGGUUCUGAUCUUCUACUCUCUCUCCCUCUCUCUGUAGCGCCAUCUAGACGUGGAGACCUGGAGGUGUUGGGCUUCUGUCUGCUCCACUGGUUGUGUGGGGCGCUGCCCUGGGACUCUGUGCUCAAGAACCCCAUACAGGUCCAAGAGGCCAAGACCAGGUCAAGACCACCCUCCUCUCUCUGGGUCCCUCUCCAUCUUCCUAUUAAUCCUUAUAGUCUACUGUGUCAAUUUAAGUAUCGUUAAAAAAUCCACAUCAAAAUCUGUCCGUUUAAGCUAGAGAUGUUUUUUUUGCAUGGGCCGCGUCUCAAUCCACCAUGUCGGCCUUGCGCAUCUGCGGUGGAAGGUGGCUGAGCUACAGCGGUGUUUGUCAGACUGAGGCAUCCCAAAAAAUCAGUCUUCUCACUAAAACACCUGAACUGUUUGGGCUACAAACUAUGGAAAUGGGAGAUUCUCACGAACACAAUGGUGCUCUCUGUUUUGCUCUACGACACCCACAAAUAUCACGUGACUUGUCUGAAGGUAACCCGGCACCGGUUAAUGAAUGGACGUAUGGAGUUAGUUUUGUGCCAACAAAAAAAGGGGUUAAAAAUGUGUCCAAAACUUUUCCUGAGCUUUCUUAUACACUAUACAUACAUACAGUGAGGGGAAAAAUGUAUUUGAUCCCCUGCUGAUUUUGUACGUUUGCCCACUGACAAAGAAAUGAUAAGUCUAUAAUUUUAAUGGUAGGUUUAUUUGAACAGUGAGAGACAGAGUAACAACAACAAAGUCCAGAAAAAUGCAUGUCAAAAAUGUUAUAAAUUGAUUUGCAUUUUAAUGAGGAAAAUAAGUAUUUGACCCCCUCUCAAUCAGAAAGAUUUCUGGCUCCCAGGUGUGUUUUAUACAGGUAACGAGCUGAGAUUAGGAGCACACUCUUAAAGGGAGUGCUCCUAAUCUCAUCUUGUUACCUGUAUAAAAGACACCUGUCCACAGAAGCAAUCAAUCAAUCAGAUUCCAAACUCUCCACCAUGGCCAAGACCAAAGAGCUCUCCAAGGAUGUCAGGGACAAGAUUGUGGACCUACACAAGGCUGGAAUGGGCUACAAGAACAUCGCCAAGCAGCUUGGUGAGAAGGUGAGAAGGUGACAACAGUUGGUGCGAUUAUUCGCAAAUGGAAGAAACACAAAAUAACUGUCAAUCUCCCUCGGCCUGGGGCUCCAUGCAAGAUCUCACCUCGUGGAGUUGCAAUGAUCAUGAGAAUGGUGAGGAAUCUGCUCAGAACUACACGGUAGGAUCAUGUCAAUGAUCUCAAGGCAGCUGGGACCAUAGUCACCAAGAAAACAAUUGGUAACACACUACGCCGUUAAGGACUGAAAUACUACAGCGCCCGCAAGGUCCCCCUGCUCAAGAAAGCACAUAUACAGGCCCGUCUGAAGUUUGCCAAUGAACAUCUGAAUGAUUCAGAGGAGAACUGGGUGAAAGUGUUGUGGUCAGAUGAGACCAAAAUGGAGCUCUUUGGCAUCAACUCAACUCGCCGUGUUUGGAGGAGGAGGAAUGCUGCCUAUGACCCCAAGAACACCAUCCCCACCGUCAAACAUGGAGGUGGAAACAUUAUGCUUUGGGGGUGUUUUUCUGCUAAGGGGACAGGACAACUUCAACGCAUCAAAGGGACGAUGGACGGGGCCAUGUACCGUCAAAUCUUGGGUGAGAACCUCCUUCCCUCAGCCAGGGCAUUGAAAAAGGGUCGUGGAUGGGUGUUCCAGCAUGACAAUGACCCAAAACACACGGCCAAGGCAACAAAGGAAUGGCUCAAGAAGAAGCACAUUAAGAUCCUGGAGUGGCCUAGCCAGUCUCCAGACCUUAAUCCCAUAGAAAAUCUGUGGAGGGAGCUGAAGGUUCGAGUUGCCAAACGUCAGCCUCAAAACUUUAAUGACUUGGAGAAGAUCUGCAAAGAGGAGUGGGACAAAAUCCCUCCUGAGAUGUGUGCAAACCUGUUGGCCAACUACAUUUACAUUUACGUCAUUUCGCAGACGCUCUUAUCCAGAGCGACUUACAAGUUGGUGCAUUCACCCUAUAGCCAGUGGGAUAACCACUUUACACUUUACCACUUUUUUUUUUUAGGGGGGGGGGGGGGGGGGGGGGGGGGGGGGGGGGGGGGGGGGGGGGGGGGGGGGGGGGGGGGGGGGGGGGGGGGGGGGGGGGGGGUAGAAGGAUUACUUUAUCCUAUCCCAGGUAUUCCUUAAAGAGGUGGGGUUUCAAAUGUCUCCGGAAGGUGGUGAGUGACUCCGCUGUCCUGGCGUCUUGAGGGAGCUUGUUCCACCAUUGGGGUGCCAGAGCAGCGAACAGUUUUGACUGGGCUGAGCGGGAAAUUACAAGAAAUGUCUGACCUCUGAUUGCCAACAAAGGUUUUGCCACCAAGUACUAAGUCAUGUUUUGCAGAGGGGUCAAAUACUUAUUUCCCUCAUUUAAAAUGCAUAUCAAUUCAUAAAAUUUUUGACAUGCGUUUUUCUGGAUUUUUUUGUUGUUAUUCUGUCUCUUACUGUUCAAAUAAACCUACCAUUAAAAUUAUAGACUGAUCAUGUCUUUGUCAGUGGGCAAACGUACAAAAUCAGCGGGGGAUCAAAUACUUUUUUCCCCUCAUACAGUUGAAGUCGGAAGUUUACAUACUUAGGUUGGUGUCAUUAAAACUCGUUUUUCAACGACUCCACACAUUUCUUGUUAACAAACUAUAGUUUUGGCAAGUCGGUUAGGACAUCUACUUUGUGCAUGACACAAGUAAUUUUUCCAACAAUUGUUUACAGACAGAUUAUUUCACUUAUAAUUAACUGUAUCACAAUUCCAGUGGGUCAGAAGUUUACAUACACUAAGUUGACUGUGCCUUUAAACAGCUUGGAAAAUUCCAGAAAAUAAUGUCAUGGCUUUAGAAGCUUCUGAUAGGCUAAUUGACAUCAUUUGAGUCAAUUGGAGGUGUACCUGUGGAUGUAUUUCAAGGCCUACCUUCAAACUCAGUGCCUCUUUGCUUGACAUCAUGGGAAAAUCAAAAGAAAUCAGCCAAGACAGGAAAAAAAUGGUAGACCUCCACAAGUCACAAGUUCAUCUGUACAAACAAUAGUACGCAAGUAUAAACACCAUGGGACCACGCAGCCGUCAUACCGCUCAGGAAGGAAACGCGUUCUGUCUCCUAGAGAACGUACGUUGGUGCGAAAAGUGCAAAUCAAUCCCAGAACAACAGCAAAGGACCAUGUGAAGAUGCUGGAGGAAACAGGUACAAAAGUAUCUAUAUCCACAGUAAAACAAGUCCUAUAUCGACAACCUGAAAGGCCGCUCAGCAAGGAAGAAGCCACUGCUCCAAAACCGCCAUAAAAAAAGCCAGACUACGGUUUGCAACUGCACAUGGGGACAAAGAUUGUACUUUUUGGAGAAAUGUCCUCUGGUCUGAUGAAACAAAAAUAGAACUGUUUGGCCAUAAUGACCAUCGUUAUGUUUGGAGGAAAAAGGGGGUUGCUUGCAAGUCGAAGAACACCAUCCCAACCGUGAAGCACAGGGGUGGCAGCAUCAUGCUGUGGGGAUGCUUUGCUGCAGGAGGGACUGGUGCACUUCACAAAAUAGAUGGCAUCAUGAGGAAGGAAAAUUAUGUGGAUAUAUUGAAGCAACAUCUCAAGACAUCAGUCAGGAAGUUAAAGCUUGGUCGCAAAUGGGUCUUCCAAAUGGACAAUGACCCCAAGCAUACUUCCAAAGUUGUGGCAAAAUGGCUUAAGGACAACAAAGUCAAGGUAUUGGAGUGGCCAUCACAAAGCCCUGACCUCAAUCCUAUAGGACAUUUUUGGGCAGAAUUGAAAAAGCGUGUGCGAGCAAGGAGGCCUACAAACCUGACUCAGUUACACCAGCUCUGUCAGGAGGAAUUGGCCAAAAUUCACCCAACUUAUUGUGGGAAGCUUGUGGAAGGCUACCCAAAACGUUUGACCCAAGUUAAACAAUUUAAAGGCAAUGUUACCAAAUACUAAUUGAGUGUAUGUAAACUUCUGACCCACUGGGAAUGUGAUGAAAGAAAUAAAAACAGAAAUAAAUCAUUCUCUCUACUAUUAUUCUGACAUUUCACAUUCUUAAAAUAAAGUGGUGAUCCUAACUGACCUAAGACAGGGAAUUUUUACUAGGAUAAAAUGUCAGGAGUUGUGAAAAACUGAGUUUUUAAAUGUAUUUGGCUAAGGUGAAUGUGAACUUCCAACUGUAAUACACUGCUCAAAAAAAUAAAGGGAACACUUAAACAACACAAUGUAACUCCAAGUCAAUCACACUUCUGUGAAAUCAAACUGUCCACUUAGGAAGCAACACUGACAAUACAUUUUACAUGCUGUUGUGCAAAUGGAAUAGACAACAGGUGGAAAUUAUAGGCAAUUAGCAAGACACCCCCAAUAAAGAAGUGGUUCUGCAGGUGGUGACCACAGACCACUUCUCAGUUCCAUGCUUACUGGCUGAUGUUUUGGUCACUUUUGAAUGCUGGCGGUGCUUUCACUCUUGUGGUAGCAUGAGACGGAGUCUACAACCCACACAAGUGGCUCAGGUAGUGCAGCUCAUCCAGGAUGGCACAUCAAUGCGAGCUGUGGCAAGAAGGUUUGCUGUGUCUGUCAGCGUAGUGUCCAGAGCAUGGAGGCGCUACCAGGAGACAGGCCAGUACAUCAGGAGACGUGGAGGAGGCCGUAGGAGGGCAACAACCCAGCAGCAGGACCGCUACCUCCGCCUUUGUGCAAGGAGGAGCAGGAGGAGCACUGCCAGAGCACUGCAAAAUGACCUCCAGCAGGCCACAAAUGUGCAUGUGUCUGCUCAAACGGUCAGAAACAGACUCCAUGAGGGUGGUAUGAGGGCCCGACGUCCACAGGUGGGGGUUGUGCUUACAGCCCAACACCGUGCAGGACGUUUGGCAUUUGCCAGAGAACACCAAGAUUGGCAAAUUCGCCACUGGCGCCCUGUGCUCUUCACAGAUGAAAGCAGGUUCACACUGAGCACAUGUGACAGACGUGACAGAGUCUGGAGAUGCCGUGGAGAAUGUUCUGCUGCCUGCAACAUCCUCCAGCAUGACCGGUUUGGCGGUGGGUCAGUCAUGGUCUGGGGUGGCAUUUCUUUAGGGGGCCACACAGCCCUCCAUGUGCUCGCCAGAGGUAGCCUGACUGCCAUUAGGUACCGAGAUGAGAUCCUCAGACCCCUUGUGAGACCAUAUGCUGGUGCGGUUGGCCCUGGGUUCCUCCUAAUGCAAGACAAUGCUAGACCUCAUGUGGCUGGAGUGUCAGCAGUUCCUGCAAGAGGAAGCCAUUGAUGCUAUGGACUGGCCCGCCCUUUCCCCAGACCUGAAUCCAAUUGAGCACAUCAUGUCUCGCUCCAUCCACCAACGCCAUGUUGCACCACAGACUGUCCAGGAGUUGGCGGAUGCUUUAGUCCAGGUCUGGGAGGAGAUCCCUCAGGAGACCAUCCGCCACCUCAUCAGGAGCAUGCCCAGGCGUUGUAGGGAGGUCAUACAGGCACGUGGAGGCCACACACACUACUGAGCCUCAUUUUAACUUGUUGUAAGGACAUUACAUCAAAGUUGGAUCAGCCUGUAGUGUGGUUUUCCACUUUAAUUUUGAGGGUGACUCCAAAUCCAGACCUCCAUGGGUUGAUACAUUUGAUUUCCAUUGAUAAUUUUUUGUGUGAUUUUGUUGUCAGCACAUUCAACUAUGUAAAAAAACAGUAUUUAAUAAGAUUAUUUCAUUCAUUCAAAUCUAGGAUGUGUUGUUUAAGUGUUCCCUUAAUUCUUUUGAGCAGUGUGUGUGUGUAUAUAUCUAUUUAUAUAUACACACACACACUGGGGAGAACAAGUAUUUGAUACACUGCUGAUUUUGCAGGUUUUCCUACUUACAAAGCAUGUAGAGGUCUGUAAUUUUUAUCAUAGGUACACUUCAACUGUGAGAGACGGAAUCUAAAACAAAAAUCCAGAAAAUCACAUUGUAUGAUUUUUAAGUAAUUAAUUUGCAUUUUAUCGCAUGACAUAAGUAUUUGAUACAUCAGAAAAGCAGAACAUAAUAUUUGGUACAGAAACCUUUGUUUGCAAUUACAGAGAUCAUACGUUUCCUGUAGGUCUUGACCAGGUUUGCACACACUGCAGCAGGGAUUUUGGCUCACUCCUCCAUACAGACCUUCUCCAGAUCCUUCAGGUUUCGGGGCUGUCGCUGGGCAAUACGGACAUUCAGCUCCCUCCAAAGAUUUUCUAUUGGGUUCAUGUCUGGAGACUGGCUAGGCCACUCCAGGACCUUGAUGCUUCUUACGGAGCCACUCCUUAGUUGCCCUGGCUGUGUGUUUCGGGUCGUUGUCAUGCUGGAAGACCCAGCCACGACCCAUCUUCAAUGCUCUUACUGAGGGAAGGAGGUUGUUGGCCAAGAUCUCGCGAUACAUGGCCUAAUCCAUCCUCCCCUCAAUACGGUGCAGUCGUCCUGUCCCCUUUGCAGAAAAGCAUCCCCAAAGAAUGAUGUUUCCACCUCCAUGCUUCACGGUUGGGAUGGUGUUCUUGGGGUUGUAAAAAAAAAAGCUAUAUUUUUGUCUCAUCAGACCACAUGACCUUCUCCCAUUCCUCCUCUGGAUCAUCCAGAUGGUCAUUGGCAAACUUCAGACGGGCCUGGACAUGCGCUGGCUUGAGCAGGGGGACCUUGCGCGCGCUGCAGGAUUUUAAUCCAUGACGGCGUAGUGUGUUACUAAUGGUUUUCUUUGAGACUGUGGUCCUAGCUCUCUUCAGGUCAUUGACCAGGUCCUGCCGUGUAGUUCUGGGCUGAUCCCUCACCUUCCUCAUGAUCAUUGAUGCCCCACGAGGUGAGAUCUUGCAUGGAGCCCCAGACCGAGAGUGAUUGACCGUCAUCUUGAACUUCUUCCAUUUUCUAAUAAUUGCGCCAACAGUUGUUGCCUUCUCACCAAGCUGCUUGCCUAUUGUCCUGUAGCCCAUCCCAGCCUUGUGCAGGUCUACAAUUUUAUCCCUGAUGUCCUUACACAGCUCUCUGGUCUUGGCCAUUGUGAAGAGGUUGGAGUCUGUUUGAGUGUGUGGACAGGUGUCUUUUAUACAGGUAACGAGUUCAAACAGGUGCAGUUAAUACAGAUAAUGAGUGGAGAACAGGAGGGCUUCUUAAAGAAAAACUAACAGGUCUGUGAGAGCCGGAAUUCUUACUGGUUGGUAGGUGAUCAAAUACUUAUGUCAUGCAAUAAAAUGCAAAUUAAUUACUUAAAAAUCAUACAAUGUGAUUUUCUGGAUUUUUGUUUUAGAUUCUGUCUCUCACAGUUGAAGUGUACCUAUGACUUUUGUUAUUGACCAAAUACUUAUUUUCCACCAUAAUUUGCAAAUAAAUUCAUAAAAAAUCCUACAAUGUGAUUUUCUGGAUUUUUUCUCUCAAUUUGUCUGUCAUAGUUGACGUGUACCUAUGAUGAAAAUUACAGGCCUCUCUCAUCUUUUUAAAUUGGAGAACUUGCACAAUUGGUGGCUGACUAAAUACUUUUUUUCCCCACUGUAUAUGUGUGUGUGUAUAUAUAUAUUAUAUAUAUAUAUAUAUACACACACACACACACACACACACACACACACACACACAAAAGUAUGUGGAACGGUCUAUCAAAAUCGAGCACACAGCCAUGCAAUCUCCAUAGACCGUGACUUUCAAUGUGGCACCGUCAUAGGAUGCCACCUUUCCAACAAGUCAGUUCGUGAAAUUUCUGCCCUGCUAGAGCUGCCCUGGUCAACUGUAAGUGCUGUUCUUGUUGAAGUAGCAACGUCUAGGACCAACAACGGCUCAGCCGCGAAGUGGUAGGCCACACAAGCUCACAGAAUGGGACCGCCGAGUGCUGAAGCGCAUAGCGCGUGAAAAUGUUCUGUCCUUGGUUGCAACACUCACUACAGAGUUCCAAACUGCCUCUGGAAGCAACGUCAGCAGAAUAACUGUUUGUCGGGAGCUUCAUGAAAUGGGUUUCCAUGGCCGAGCAGCCGCACACAAGCCUAAGAUCACCAUGCACAAUGCCAAGUUCGCGCCAUUGGGCUCUGGAACAGUGGAAACGCGUUCUCUGGGGUGAUGAAUCACGCUUCAUCGUCUGUCAGUCUGGUGGACGAAUAUUGGUUUGGCGGAUGCCAGGAAAACGCUACCUGCCCAAAUGCAUAGUGCCAACUGUAAAGUUUGGUGGAGGAAGAAUAAUGGUCUGGGGCUGUUUUUCAGGGUUCGGGCUAGGCCCCUUAGUUCCAGUGAAGGGAAAUCUUAACUCUACAGCAUACAAUAACAUUCUAGACGAUUCUGUGCUUCCAACUUUGUGGCAACAGUUUGGGGAAGGCCAUUUUCUGUUUCAGCAUGACCAUGCCCCCAUGCACAAAGCGAGAUCCAGACAGAAAUGGUUUGUCGAGAUCGAUAACCUCAACCCCAUCUAACACCUUUGGGAUGAAUUGGAAUGCAGACUGCAAGCCAGGCCUCAUCGCCCAACAUCAGUGCCCGACCUCACCUAAUGCUCUUGUGGCUGAAUGGAAGCAAGACCCCGCAGCAAUGUUCCAACAUCUAGUGGAAAGCCUUCCCAGAAGAGUGGAGGCUGUUAUAGCAGCAAAGGGGGGACCAUCUCCAUAUUAAUGCCCAUGAUUUUAGAAUGAGAUGUUCGACAAGCAGCUGUCCACAUACUUUUGGUCAUGUACUGUAUCUCUUAGAUAUAGGACAGACACUUCAAAACCAUAUUCCUUAUGUCUGUUUUGCCCCAAAGGCUUAGACGUUAAGUUAAACCCUUGUUUCUCUCUCCCCCUCUAUUUCAUGCCUGUUUCGCUGUCUCUCUUUCCAGACUCAUAGCUAAUCUACCUGGCUCGGUGCAGCAGCUGUCUGUGGGUGGAGCUUGCACAGGUGAGUGAGAGGGCCUCAGUACCAGUCAGUACUUGUCCAGAGUCAGAGUCCAGUAGUCAGACUCCAGAGUCACACCACUUUGUCCCAGGUGGGAAUGAAACAUCUUUUUUUUUUUUUACUCCUAAAAAUAUGUUCCCACAACUCCAGCAUCCAUCCCAGAGAGGUCUUUGAGACUCGGGUGUUGUUAUCGCUGGUCCUGUAAAGAGAGGUCACGUCUCUGUGAGGUGAGGGCUAUGUGAUGUAUGGUGGUGACUGACUGGGCUGAUUCUCUGCACCUCCUCCAGAGGCAGGGCCCGGCUGGCCGCCACAGAUAAGGCCCAGGACAUGCAUCAACCCUAUUGGAUAUGAGUGUGAUACACACUCAUAUACAAUGUGUGUGGGUACACUCUAGGUAGCAGGACAUGUUAGUUGCAGUAAGGGGUGAAGGUCUCUGUGUACUGAAACACGCAGAUCACAUGGGACAUAGCCAGUGUUUAUAAAACAUCACAGAUAAGUCUGAGGGGGACUAUUGCUCAUUCUCUCGCUCUUGUCCCUCUUCCCCUCCCUCUCUCAGAUGAGUUGGCCUUUUUCCUGCUCAGUGUCAAAGCUCUGGAGUAUAAGGAACGUCCAGACUACAAGAGGCUGAGAGAGCUGCUCUCUGAAGGGGCACCAAGACCGCGCGGAGGCCAGGAAAGGCUGGACCUGUCUGGGCCACGAGGAGCGGUGUCAGGGGGUUCCUCCACCAGAGGGUCUGAUUGUCCAGCCACGGGCAAGGUGAGAGUACCUAAGAGAUUACCUUUCCCAGAAAACAUGGGGAGCCAAAUAAAAUCACCCCGCGGGCAGCCUAUUGGGGACCACUAAUGUAGACCUAUUAAUCAAUCCGUCAGUCAAUCACACACAAAAAUAUCUACUCCCAAAUGUAGGCUAAGUAGGCUGCGUUUACACAGGCAGCCCCAAAAAAUGAGAUUUUGUCUGCCUGUCUAAACGUAGCCGUAGUCUAUGGUCAAUAGACAAUACGGCAUAGUUAACUAAAAUAUUGAAAAACAGCUUGCAAACAUACACGAAGUGAAGUAUUAGGACCUAACAGAGAUGGAUACAUUACGUGACCAAAGGUAUGUGGACACCUGCUUGUCGAACAUCUCAUUCUAAAAUCAUGGGCAUUAAUAUGGAGUUGGUCCCCCCUUUGCUGCUAUAACAGCAUCCACUCUUCUGGGAAGGCUUUCCACUAGAUGUUGGAACAUUGCUGCGGGGACUUGCUUCCAUUCAGCCACAAGAGCAUUACUGAGGUCAGGCACUGAUGUUGGGCGAUUAGGCCUGACUCGCAGUCGGCAUUCCAAUUCAUCCCAAAGGUGUUUGACGGGGUUGAAGUCAGGGCUCUGUGCAGGCCAGUCAAGUUCUUCCACACUGAUCUCGACAAGCCAUUUCUGUAUGGACCUCGCUUUGUGCACAGGGGCAUUGUCAUGCUGAAACAGGAAAGGGCCUUCCCCAAACUGUUGCCACAAAGUUGGAAGCACAGAAUUGUCUAGAAUGUCAUUGUAUGCUGUAGCAUUAAGAUUUCCCUUCACUGGGAACUAAGGGGCAUAGCAUGAACCAUGAAAAACAGCCCCAGACCAUUAUUCCUCCUCCACCAAACUUUACAGUUGGCAGUAUGCAUUCGGGCAGGUAGCGUUCUCCUGGCAUCUGCCAAACCCAGAUUUGUCCGUCGGACUGCCAGAUGGUGAAGCAUGAUUCAUCACUCCAGAGAAUGCAUUUCCACUGCCCCAGAAUCCAAUGGCUGCGAGCUUUACACCACUAUAGCCGUCGCUUGGCAUUGCGCAUGGUGAUCUUAGGCUUGUGUGCGGAUGAUCGGCCAUGGAAACCCAUUUCGUGAAGCUCCCGAUGAACAGGUCUUGUGCUGACAUUGCUUCCACAGGCAGUUUGGAACUCGGUAGUGAGUGUUGCAACCGAGGACAGACUAUUGUUACGCGAUACGCACUUUAGCACUCGGCGGUCCCGUUCUGUGAGCUUGUGUGUCCUACCAUUUCGCUGCUGAGCCGUUGUUGCUCCUAGAUGUUUCCACUUUACAAUAACAGUACUUACGGUUGACGGUAGCAGGGCUGAAAUGACAAACUUACUUGUUGGAAAGGUGGCAUCCUAUGACGGUGGCACGUUGAAAGUCACUGAGCUCUUAAGUAAGGCCAUUCUACUGCCAAUGUUUGUCUAUGGAGAUUGCAUGGUUGUUUGCUCGAUUUUUAUAUACAUGUCAGCAACGGGUGUGGCUGAAUUAGCUGAAUCCACUAAUCUGAAGGGGUGUCCACAUACUUCUGUGUGUAUAUAUAGUGUACAGUCGUGGUGAAAAGUUUUGAGAACGACACACAUAUUAAUUUUCAAAGUCUGCUGCCUCAGUUUUUAUGAUGGCAAUUUGCAUAUACUCCAGAAUGUUAUGAAGAGUGAUCAGAUGAAUUGCAAAGUCCCUCUUUGCCAUGAAAAUGAACUUAAUCCCCCCAAAAAAUGUCCACUGCAUUUCAGCCCUUCCACAAAAGUACCAGCUGACAUCAUGUCAGUGAUUAUCUCGUUAACACAGGUGAAAGUGUUGACGAGGACAAGGCUGGAGAUCACUCUGUCAUGCUGAUUGAGUUAGAAUAACAGACUGGAAGCUUUAAAAGGAGGGUGGUGCUUGAAAUCAUUGUUCUUCCUCUGUUAACCAUGGUUACCUGCAAGGAAACACGUGCCGUCAUCAUUGCUUUGCACAAAAAGGGCUUCACAGGCAAGGAUAUUGCUGCUAGUAAGAUUGCACCUAUCAAGAACUUUAAGGAGCGAGGUUAAAUUGUUGUGAAGAAGGCUUCAGGGCGCCCAAGAAAGUCCAGCAAGCACCAGGACCGUCUCCUAAAGUUGAUUCAGCUGUGGGAUCGGGGCACCACCAGUGCAGAGCUUGCUCAGGAAUGGCAGCAGGCAGGUGUGAGUGCAUCUGCACGCACAGUGAGGCGAAGACUUUGAGGAUGGCCUGGUGUCAAGAAGGGCAGCAAGGAAGCCACUUCUCUCCAGGAAAAACAUCAGGGACAUACUGAUAUUCUUCAAAAGGUACAGGGAUUGGACUGCUGAGGACUGGGGUAAAGUCAUUUUCUCUGAUGAAUCCCCUUUCCGAUUGUUUGGGGGCAUCUGGAAAAAAGCUUGUCCGGAGAAGACAAGGGGAGCUCUACCAUCAGUCCUGUGUCAUGCCAACAGUAAAGCAUCCUGAGACCAUUCAUGUGUGGGGUUGCUUCUCAGCCAAGGGAGUGGGCUCACUCACAAUUUUGCCUAAGAACACAGCCAUGAAUAAAGAAUGGUACCAACACAUCCUCCGAGAGCAACUUCUCCCAACCAUCCAAGAACAGUUUGGUGACGACCAAUGCCUUUUCCAGCAUGACGGAGCACCUUGCCAUAAGGCAAAAGUGAUAACUAAGUGGCUCGGGGAACAAAACAUCGACAUUUUGGGUCCAUGGCCAGGAAACUCCCCAGAUCUUAAUCCCAUUGAGAACUUGUGGUCAAUCCUCAAGAGGUGGGAGGACAAACAAAAACCCACAAAUUCUGACAAACUCCAAGCAUUGAUUAUGCAAGAAUGGGCUGCCAUCAGUCAGGAUGUUGCCCAGAAGUUAAUUGACAGCAUGCCAGGGCGGAUUGCAGAGGUCUUGAAAAAGAAGGGUCAACACUGCAAAUAUUGACUCUUUGCAUAAACUUAAUGUAAUUGUCAAUAAAAGCCUUUGACACUUAUGGAAUGCUUGUAAUUAUACUUCAGUAUACCAUAGUAACAUCUGACAAAAAUAUCUAAAAACACUGAAGCAGCAAACUUUGUGAAGACCAAUACUUGUGUCAUUCUCAAAACCUUUGACCACGACUGUAUAUAUACACUGAACAAAAAUAUAAAUGCAACAAUUAAAGAUUUUACUGAGUUACAGUUCAUAGAAGGAAAUCAGUCAAUUGGAAUAAAUUCAUAAGGCCCUAAUCUAUGGAUUUCACAUGACUGGGCAGGUGCGCAGCCAUGGGUGGGCAAUACCCUCCUUCCCCCAGACGAUUUAAUCACAAUGUGCACCUGUGUCAUCAGCUUCUUGAUAUGCCACACCUGUCAAGUGGAUGGAUUGUCUUGGCAAAGGAGAAAUGCUCACUAACAGGGAUGUAAACAAAUGUGUGUACACAAUUUGAGAGAAAUAAGCUUUUUGUGCGUAUGGAACAUUUCUGGGAUCUUUAAUUUCAGCUCAUGAUACAUGAGGCCAACACUUUACAUGUUGCGUAUAUAUAUAUAUAUAUAUAUAUAUACACACACACAGUGGGGGAAAAAAGUAUUUAGUCAGCCACCAAUUGUGCAAGUUCUCCCACUUAAAAAGAUGAGAGAGGCCUGUCAUUUUCAUCAUAGGUACACGUCAACUAUGACAGACAAAUUGAGAUUUUUUUUCUCCAGAAAAUCACAUUGUAGGAUUUUUAAUGAAUUUAUUUGCAAAUUGUUGGAAAAUAAGUAUUUGGUCACCUACAAACAAGCAAGAUUUCUGGCUCUCACAGACCUGUAACUUCUUCUUUAAGAGGCUCCUCUGUCCUCCACUCGUUACCUGUAUUAAUGGCACCUGUUUGAACUUGUUAUCAGUAUAAAAGACACCUGUCCACAACCUCAAACAGUCACACUCCAAACUCCACUAUGGCCAAGACCAAAGAGCUGUCAAAGGACACCAGAAACAAAAUUGUAGACCUGCACCAGGCUGGGAAGACUGAAUCUGCAAUAGGUAAGCAGCUUGGUUUGAAGAAAUCAACUGUGGGAGCAAUUAUUAGGAAAUGGAAGACAUACAAGACCACUGAUAAUCUCCCUCGAUCUGGGGCUCCACGCAAGAUCUCACCCCGUGGGGUCAAAAUGAUCACAAGAACGGUGAGCAAAAAUCCCAGAACCACACGGGGGGACCUAGUGAAUGACCUGCAGAGAGCUGGGACCAAAGUAACAAAGCCUACCAUCAGUAACACACUACUCCGCCAGGGACUCAAAUCCUGCAUUGCCAGACGUGUCCCCCUGCUUAAGCCAGUACAUGUCCAGGCCCGUCUGAAGUUUGCUAGAGUGCAUUUGGAUGAUCCAGAAGAGGAUUGGGAGAAUGUCAUAUGGUCAGAUGAAACCAAAAUAUAACUUUUUGGUAAAAACUCAACUCAUCGUGUUUGGAGGACAAAGAAUGCUGAGUUGCAUCCAAAGAACACCAUACCUACUGUGAAGCAUGGGGGUGGAAACUUCAUGCUUUGGGGCUGUUUUUCUGCAAAGGGACCAGGACGACUGAUCCGUGUAAAGGAAAGAAUGAAUGGGGCCAUGUAUCGUGAUAUUUUGAGUGAAAACCUCCUUCCAUCAGCAAGGGCAUUGAAGAUGAAACGUGGCUGGGUCUUUUAGCAUGACAAUGAUCCCAAACACACCUCCCGGGCAACGAAGGAGUGGCUUCGUAAGAAGCAUUUCAAGGUCCUGGAGUGGCCUAGGCAUUCUCCAGAUCUCAACCCCAUAGAAAAUCUUUGGAGGGAGUUGAAAGUCCGUGUUGCCCAGCGACAGCCCCAAAACAUCACUGCUCUAGAGAUCUGCAUGGAGGAAUGGGCCAAAAUACCAGCAACAGUGUGUGAAAACCUUGUGAAGACUUACAGAAAACGUUUGACCUGUGUCAUUGCCAACAAAGGGUAUAUAACAAAGUUUUGAGAAACUUUUGUUAUUGACCAAAUACUUAUUUUCCACCAUAAUUUGCAAAUAAAUUCAUAAAAAAUCCUACAAAAUUUUCUGGAUUUUUUUUUCUCAUUUUGUCUGUCAUAGUUGACAUGUACCUAUGAUGAAAAUUACAGGCCUCUCUCAUCUUUUUAAGUGGGAGAACUUGCACAAUUGGUGGCUGACUAAAUACUUUUUUCCCCCACUGUAUAUAUAUAUAUAUAUAUAUAUAUAUAUAUAUAUAUAUAUAUAUAUAUAUAUAUAUAUAUAUAUAUAUAUAUAUAUAUAGUGCAUCUAAUAUAGCUGGAGAGGGUAAAGUGCAGGUCAGAGAAGUGUAACGGAGACCAGAUGGCUAGACUCACUUAAUGUGCAUUGUUUAUACUCUGAUUUAUAACCCUCUGGGAGAGGAGUGAGGUGUUUGUGUGUGGGUCUGUCGGGAGCCCCAGUGCAGUGUGGGAGAUUUACACACACUGAUGACAGCCUCAGCCACAGAUCCUAUACAAAUGCCGAUCUUUAUUUACAACACACACACACGAGCACACGAACACUGCAGAAAGUAUUUCACAUGAAAUAUGUGCAUUUCAAUUGGACAUCUAACUGUACCAAAUAUGUCAUCUCUCUCGCUCUGGCACUCUACAUAGCGGUGUAGAGAGGAGAAUCACAUUUUCUUCUCUAAAUGCCUGGCGGGGAAUCUUGACCGCAGUAAAGGGGGUCAACUUGCCCCUGACCCCCACGGAGGCACACCUCGUCCCCCUCAAGAGGCUCUGGAGCGGAGAGGUGGUGAUUUUCUGGAAUUUAUCGGAAUCACUUGAGCUCCCAAUGGCAACUAACUUGACCCGCAGAUGGCCAAAACAGCCCAAUUUGAGGUGAUUGAUGACACACACUUUACACACACUUUACUAGGGCAGAGGAUCAGCAGCCAUAAUUAUACUCUUUUUCUCCCUCUCUUUCUCUCUCCUCUCUUAUCUCCAUGCUGAACUGCUGGGCUGUAGUCAAACAGAAGUCCAUUUUUGGAGGUUUGGAAAGAGAUUAAAUGACGGUCUAUGGAAAGGCUGCUUUCGGUGUCUGUCCUACUCCUCGGUAUCAUCAUUUAUUUAUUUUCCCCCACUUUCUCUCCUCAAUUUCGUGAUAUCCAAUUGGUAGUUACAGUCUUGUCCCAUCGCUGCAACUCCCGUACGGACUCCGGAAUCAUCAUUUAAAGACUGAAAUUAAUAAUUCAGUGAGCAAUGCUUAGUCUUCAACACAGUAGGUAGCCUUCUCCGGCCCAGAUUCAGCCUACUCCUGGUCUAAAAGCAUCUUCAAUGGAGACUCAAGCAAGUUUCUACUACCAGAAACAGCCUCUUACUAAGUCCCUCACCCUGUCAUCCUGUGUCCUUUCCCCACAGAAAGCAGGCCGAGCGAGAGGCUCCUCCAAACCAAAGCCUGUAGUUGUGGAGGAUGAGGAGAGUGAGAAAGAAGAGGAUGAGAAGAUGGAGUUGGAUGAAGAGAGGCCCAAACCUGUGCCGUCUCGCUACAGAGGACCACCUAUAUCCAAGCUCCAGUCUGAACAGGGGGUAAAGGUAUUGGCUAUAAACGGGAUUCACUAAACUUUACUACUAAACUGGUUGCAACUGGUUUUAGUACAAUAUGACCCAAAAUAAAUGUAUUAGAAUGUACAGUUGUUGACACACAUGGGGAAAUGCCCUUUAUUCUAAAGUGUUGACAACAGGAGGAAAAGUGUUUUCAUACAGUUGUUCGUUAGCGUCACAUGAAAUACUUCCUCCUGUAUCCUUUCCCCACAGAAAGCGGGCAGGGCUAAACCUGCAACUAGAGGGUCCUCUAAACCAAAGCCUGUAUAUGUGGAGGAUGACAGUGACGAAGAAAAGAUGGAGAUUGAUAAAGAGGGGAGACCCAAACCUGUACCAUCUCGCUACAUUAGGGGACCACCCACAUCCAUGCCCCAGUCAGAACAGGGGGUAAGGUGUUAGUGAAAUGUCCAGAUUGAUGAGGAGUAUGUUAUUGUCAUAAACUAGUGCAUGCUAGCUUCACGUGAAAUGUCUCAACCCGGUCUUCCUGUGUCCUUUCCCCACAGAAAGCAGGCCGAGCUAGAGGCUCCUCCAAACCAAAGCCUGUAUAUGAGGAGGAUGAGGAGAACGAAGAAGAAGAAGAGAUGGAGAGACCCAGACCUGUGCCAUCUCAAUACAUCAGAGGACCACCCAUUUCCAAGCCCCAGCCAGAACAGGUGGUUAGGCCAAGGCACUAAAUCCUGCUUGUAGUGUAAUAUUGACAGGAUUCACAGCAUGUUACUAUAAUGCUGUUAAACUGGUUUUACAAGAAUGGACAAAAUGACCAGCAACUUUACUUUGACGCCCAAGUGAUAAUUAAUAUGUUUUAUCUAAGCAAGGUCAAGUUCAAACCCUAAAUAAAUAUCGCAACAGAAUAUUUUUUAUUGCCCUUUUUAGAAAAUUAUUUUCACAUUAUAAAAACAUCUAAUGGCUGUUACAAGAGUUCAGGUCAAUGGCAGAAACCCGAGCAAAUGUGUGAAUUAUCCCCUAACAGAAAACAUCAACACAAACCAAACAUCGCGUCAGGAAAAUAGUUGCUGUGACCUCAAGACCACAAGUCAACCAUAGACGGUCCUACCCCAGAGAAAGUACAACCCCUACAAAAAGCAAAUUGGGUCAAACACAUAAUGACCAUUGGGAGGACAACAGUCAGACACACUGGGAAAAACAUCUGUACAAAGAGGAUGGUUCGGAGAACUUCAACCACGACCAUGAUCACCAGUGUGGGGGUAAGAGUCAGAAGCACGAUCCCCCAGAAUCUGACCACUGGGAAAAUCCCAACCUCAUAUAUGACCGUGGUGAGUGGGAGGAAUAUGGCUACAAAGACCACAACCAGAGAGCAGAGCCUUCUCCCAAACAGAAGAGUGGCUGUGAUGUCACACUGUACUGCAGUGCCUUAGUGGUCAUCUUAUUCCUGUCCCUGGCCUUUCUAUUCACUCUGACUGACGGUCCUGAAUGA